AUGGUAACACGAACAUCAUCAAAUGUAUCUGUUUCUCUAUAUGGAUCCUCGGCAGUAUCGAUUUACCCUGUAUACCGCCAUCGUUUUUAUGUCCUCUUCGUUUUUAUGUUCCUUGCUUUCAAUCAAUGUCUUUUUUGGUUAACGUUUUCACCGGUUUCACAAAGUGCUCAAACAUAUUAUCAUAUCAGCGAGAGUACAGUGAAUCUGCUCCUCAAUUGGGGACCAAUUAUUUUUAUUCCUUGCUUACCAUUAGCUUACCUCUUAUUGAACAAACGGCAUGGUCUUCGCAAGAUCAUUCUCUUACUUGCAAUAAUUUGUUUUAUUGCUGCUUCACUUCGAAUUUUACCCGUCAUUUUUCUCUCACCAUCAAAUCCUUCGUUUACAUCCAUAUCACUUCUUUUUGUUCAUCUCGGUCAAAUUUUAAAUGCCGCUUGUGGCCCAUUAGUCAUGGCUCCUGUUUCACAACUGUCGUGUUUGUGGUUUGGACCGAACGAACGAACACGUGCAACUACCUUAGCGAUUAUGGCUGCUGCUUUUGGUUCUACAUUCGGUUUUCUUGUACAUCCCUGGAUCGUGACAACAUCGGAUCAGAUUCCACAAUUACUUUAUCUGCAUUUUAUUCUUGCUUUGGUUGCAUUAUUGAUGACACUUGGUUACUUUCCGUCACAUCCUCCGCAUGCACCUUCUGCUGCUGCUCAGUCUUUAAUGGACACGUCGAUGAAUGAAAACAAUGAUAAUUCUCUACGAAAUUAUAUGAAUGAUAUUUUUCGAUGCUUUUCAAUUCCAUCAUUCAAACUACUGUGCUCUGUAGGUGGAAUCUCUGGUGGUGUUUUUGCUGCCUGGACUGGACUAUUUGCGAACAUUUUAGCGCCGGAAAAUUUCACUGAACAACAGUCAGGCUGGUUUGGUUUUAGCUGUUCAUUGGCAACAAUUACCGGUGGUUUGAUCACAAGUACGAUAGCUGAUACACCUUAUUUUCGUCGUUCUUUCAAGUCUAUUAUAUUUAUAAUGUUGGUUGGUUGUUUCUUUUCUGUUCUAUGGUUUCAACUUUCUAUUCGCACAAUAUUCAAUGAUGAACCGAUUUUCAAACCAACUGUGACAAGCAUUGCUUUGUCCGUGACAUUCGCCGGACUUUUCCAGGGUUCAGCGUUACCAUUAGUUUAUGAAUCGUUGGCCGAGAUCACGUUUCCAUUACCGGAAUCACUUUCAGCAUCAGUUCUCGUUCAAUUGAACAAUGCAACAGCUUUGAUACUUUUGUUUAUUCCACCUAGUUUAUACCAACUAUUGAAUUUUCUAGUUCUUCUUUCUGUUGGUGCUUUUAUUUUAUAUGUAUACGAUACAUCAUUAAUACGCUUAUCUAAUGAAAUAUGUACACUGAAGAGAGAAAAAGAGACAAAAUCCGCCAUUGUGGUGCUCAGUCUAAUUCCAACGUUCCUGUCACCGCACGGUCAAGACAUCGAUACCGUGAAUUCUUUUCAAGUUCCCUUGAAUGUUACGUACGGUACGGAUUUUAAAAUUACCAAUCUAGCAGUGACUCCAAGUGUGAAUAGUAUGGCGUCCAAAUUGAUGGAGCAGUAUCCAAGUGCAGACAUUGUUGUUAUUACAACACUUUUCGUUCCAUCUGCAAUAACAAGUAAUAGUAGAAAGCGACGACAAAGCGAACCAAAGGAUCAACAAUGCGCGACAAAUCCUGGUAAAAGUGGCGAUUAUCUUUUCAUUGGAUUCCUUAUCAAACCACGAUCAUCAUGUCGAACCGCUGGUUGUCAGCAGAAAUUUGCUCAAGUAUACGAAAAAGUAUUGGCUAGUCUACGUUCCAAUACAGCGUUGUUAGUUACUAUGGCUAACGGCUCUACUGCUACUAUCCAAUUAGGAUUUUGCUCAUUUGGACAUGUUCCGCCAGGACAAACAGUAACGACAGCUGUACCAUCUACGAGUCUAGCUGCAACAGCUUCUACUAGUUCCACAUCAACACAAACUACUACUGUGUCAGGAUCGAGCACAAGCACAAGCACAAGCACAAGCACAAGCACAAGCACAAGCACAAGCACAAGCACAAGCACAAGCACAAGCACAUCAACUUCAACGACUACAUCAGCAUGCGAUGCGUCCGCAGUAACAUGUAACAGCCCUGGUGACUGUUGUGGCAAUCUUAACAAUAUAUACGAGUGCUCAUCAGGAAAAAAAUGCUGCAAAUCCACGGGACAAACAUGCUCAACGGGAUCGGAAUGUUGCAGCAAUAAUUGUGAGGGCACUCCACUAACGUGUACUACUAGUAGUAUUGACAGACGAUGA